AUGGACUUAGCACCAGGCACUGGUUCGUCGAUUCAUUUGACGUCAAAAACAGAAUUUCUAAUUGGUGGCAAAUAUCGUUUGGUACGUAAAAUUGGUUCUGGUUCAUUUGGUGACAUCUAUUUGGGUAUAAAUAUAACAAAUGGUGAAGAAGUGGCUAUUAAAUUAGAAAGUAUCAAAGCACGACAUCCACAAUUAUUGUAUGAAUCAAAAUUGUAUAAAAUAUUACAAGGUGGAAUCGGUAUACCGCAUAUACGAUAUUAUGCCCAAGAAAAGGAUUAUAAUGUGUUGGUUAUGGAUUUGUUGGGACCAUCAUUAGAAGAUUUAUUUAAUUUUUGUUCACGAAGAUUUACAAUGAAAACAGUUCUCAUGUUAGCUGAUCAAAUGAUUGGUCGAAUUGAAUUUGUUCAUAAUAAAAAUUUUAUUCACAGAGAUAUCAAACCCGAUAAUUUUCUGAUGGGAAUUGGAAGACAUUGUAAUAAAGUGUUUUUGAUUGAUUUUGGUUUGGCUAAAAAAUAUCGUGAUAAUCGUACACGUCAACAUAUUCCAUACAGAGAAGAUAAAAAUUUAACGGGAACAGCGAGAUAUGCUAGUAUUAAUGCGCAUUUAGGAAUUGAACAAAGUCGCCGUGAUGAUAUGGAAUCACUAGGUUAUGUGCUGAUGUAUUUCAAUCGUGGUAGUUUACCAUGGCAAGGUUUGAAAGCAGCCACAAAAAAACAAAAAUAUGAAAAAAUUUCUGAGAAAAAAAUGUCAACACCAGUAGAAGUUCUGUGUAAAGGUUUCCCAGCUGAAUUUGCCAUGUAUUUAAAUUAUUGUCGUGGUUUACGUUUUGAAGAAGCUCCAGAUUAUAUGUAUUUGAGACAAUUAUUUCGAAUUCUAUUUCGUACUUUGAAUCAUCAGUAUGAUUAUACGUUUGAUUGGACUAUGUUGAAACAAAAAGCAGCAAAUGCAGCUUCAUCAACAACAACGACAAAUACGGCUAUGGCUAAUGGAGGUCAGACGACAACAGCUGGAGCAAAUGUGAUGUCAGGUGGCGGUCCAACGGUUGUUACAUCAGGUAAUAAGCAAAACCCAAAAGUUUUGCAGAAACAACAAUCCAUUCAAGAAACAAAUCAUGCAACAGUCGGAGAUACGACUAUUCAGGAUGAUAUCCCAACAACAGCGGGAGAUAUUGUCGAUAGUAUUGCUUAUAAUCAUAAAAAUUCAUCAGACGAUUAA